AUGAAAAAAAUUUCAUCACAAACUACAGACGAAUAUGAUAACGUAUCAGGCACAAAUCCAUCAUUAAUUACAGCUGGAUUACCAUCAGGUUCAAUGAUAACAUCUCAUUUAAUUCAAUCAUCACCAAAAACCAAACAAAAUCAUCAUAUAAAUCAAAAUCAUGCAACUGAUACUCAACCUAUCAUCACUUUAAGUUCUCAAGAAAAUGAUAAUAGUCAACAUACAAUUAUUUCGGAUCGUGUCAUAUCAGAUACAUACUUAAAUCUUUCACGUAAAGACAUGAAUGAUGUUAUGGUAGCACUACAAACUCUAGCUCAAUGUAUAACAAAUGAAUAUACCAUGCCAAUGGAUGACAGUAGAAGCCAUCAUCUAUCGAUGCUUUAUUCUAAAAGUACAAAUCAUACAUUGAAAAGUUCGACGCCAACAAAUAGUUCUUCGCAUCAUUGUUUUUAUUCUCGACGAUGCAGACGAAAUUCACAUUAUCGGCAUCAUCACGUUAAAUAUCAUCGAAAUUUAGUCGAUGAUUUUCAAGAUGAUUUAUAUCAUAUGAAAUGUAAAAAGCAACAUCGAUUUUUACAUCAAUUACAAUAUGAUAAAAAAUAUCUCAGUCAUCAUAAUCCAUCGAGAUAUCCUUCAUAUAGCUCGAAUGCUAUAUUUUAUACAUCCGCAUGUCGAUCAAACAAACAAGCAAGACAAGUCUAUCACUGUUCUCAACAACAUCAAUCAAGAAUAAAUAUACAUUCAGAAAAUCCAUAUCAGCAAUCAAUCAAAACGAAACUAUCACCUUAUAUACUUGACAAUCAUGUAUAUAUUGAUAAAAAGGAAUCUAUUUCUAAUAUAAAAAUAUUACCACAACAAGCACAUAAUUUUCAAAUACUUCAAAAAAAUCGUAUCAAUGGUGUAACAUCUACGGAUUCAUUAACAACUAAAGAUAUAUUUAUUCCUUUGUUGACUCAACGUUAUGUACAAAAAUUAAAUCAUGAUCAAACAUCAGGUAUGGGUGAUCAAUUAAAUUUAAAUAAAAUUGAUGUUGCUACACAAUGGAGUCUACAAAUGUUGUCAUCACUGAAACGUAAUCCAUCAAAAUCUGAUCGGUCUUCAAAAAUUCAUGAUGAACAAGAGCAUUCAAAAUUAAACCUUUCAUCGAAGAAUUCAACUACUCUAACAGAAUUAAGUCAAUCCGUAGCAACUAUUGCUACAAAUCAUUCCGUAGACAAAAUACCAUCGAUCGUUAAAACAGGAUCCUUUGUAAACAAUUCAUCGUUAACAACUGAUCCAUUUGACAUCAAGAUAAAUCGUAAUACAAAAGAAAUAGAUUUAGAAAAAUUAUCUUUAAAUAUCAAUGAUGAAUAUGAAUUAACAAAAAGUCAAACUGAACGAUUCUUAACAAAACUUAGUAUUAAAACAUGUAAAUGUUCAACGACAAAAUUGCAAACUGUAAAAUCUUCGCCUGUGGAUGAUAGUAUUACAUGUAUUUCAUUUGAUAAUGAUUCAUCAGCAUGUUUAUCCUCAAAUAAGAACGAAACAACACAGAAAUCUAUAAAACGUAUUGUCACUUUUAUUCAAGCCGCUUCGAAACGACUUCGUCAGCAUACAUCAAAAUCAUCCAAAAAUAAUGCAACUAUUAAACGAUCACGUACUUAUCGUCGUUCUCAAUCGAAUAAUCAGCCCAUUAGAAUAAUUAAAUCAUCUAAAACAACAAAUCUAAAAAAAGAUUCUUUUUUUGACUUUUUCGAUAUUGAUACAACAUUUUCCGAUACAUACGAUCGAUUAUUUACUGAUACAGCAACCUAG